UCAUCAGUCAGAUCAAAUUGGUCAUUGAACAGCUCAGAUCUCCCAUCAUCACUACUUCCCCACCUGCCUCGUCAUCUCAAGCGCCUUCCCCUCGACCCAGCUCUGUGCAUCUCGCUCGAUCAUUUACAGGCCGUAUGGGGACCACUCCACCCCCUACACCCUCGCCUUCGGGUCCUAUCCCCCGCAGAAGACCCUCUACCGACGCUUCAUUCUCCCCUUUCCCCGCUCAGCGAUUCAGAGCUGGAGAACGAAAGGCACCAUCGUUGAAACGGGUUUUGACAGGAUUCGCAAAGCCAUUCCAAGAUGAUUCUAGAGAGAAAAGAACACUGGCGCAAGUUGUCCGAAGUCGAUUGGCCACGUGUCGCUUCUGCUUUGCGAGCCGAGAAUGGCCUGUGGCCUGAACAGGAAGGACCUGUGCAUUGGAGGCUGGACGGCAGUGAAGGCCCCCUGAGGAUGCGGAAUCGCCUGGAACGGGUCCAAGCAUCGACCGAGCCCGUUCAAGGUCGAAUGCAGCGUAAGCUACGCGAUGCCAUUCCUUCCAUGGACGAGCUCUCGUCAGCGGUCUCGAGAGUCAAUCUGGCUCCGUGGGAGGAUCCUUUCGCGCUAGCUCUCGGACAAGCCGCUCCGAUCUCUGAGGAGGCCGAGGCACCGCUCGUGGACCCGCACAACAAUGUUUCACCACCGAGUCCAACAGAGUCUCGACUUGACGACGAAUCAAUCAUCGAUAUCGAGGUCGACAAGGACGACAAGAUGCGUCGAAUAGCCAAGACGUUGGAGGCUGGCGAUAUAGUGGAAGAAGCUCAUAAUAUCGUUCGGAUCGUCGGUGUGGACGCUUGUCCCGGUCUGUUGAUCCUAGGCAAGAAGAAUUUGUACCUUGUCGAUGGCCUAGUACAGACUGCAGGCGGGGAGGUCAUCGAUGCGAAAGAUGCUCCAAGGGAUGUUUUGACGAUCCCGGGAACUAUCAUUGACAUGUCGGGCUCGGAGCAAGAGAGCCUCAAGUGGCCAUACAGUGAAAUCAUCGAGACGAACAAGAGAGCAUUCCUGUUCCGCGAUGUCGCACUCGAGCUGUACUUUUCCGAUAAGCGAAACUUUCUCGUCGUAUUGAAAGACAAGCGAGAACGUUCAAUCAUUGUCUCAAAACUACAGUACAAGACGAAUCAAGCAGGAGUCAUCUCUCAAUCGCUUAUCGGCAGCUUUGUUUUGGACCAGGUGGUCCGAGUCAUUGAAAAGCCGGAACAGCCUCUGGACGCCUUGACAAGAAAGUGGCAAUCGAGAAGUAUCAGCAAUUUUGCCUACUUGUCCCUCUUGAAUCAGUACGCCAACCGGACGCCAAACGAUGUCACGCAAUACCCCGUCUUCCCAUGGGUUCUGUCCGACUAUACAUCCUCCAUUUUGGACUUGAGCAAACCAUCCAGUUUCCGAGACUUGACGCUGCCAAUGGGUGCCUUGACACCCGCUCGAAGAGAAGCUGCGGUGGAGCGAUACACCGCGACAGAGGGAGUCGGCGAGAAGCCGUUCCACUAUGGAACUCAUUACAGCUCGUCGAUGAUCGUCUGCGGUUUCUUGAUUCGUCUGUCCCCUUUUACCGAGAUCUUCCUCGCUCUUCAGGGCGGCAAUUUUGACCUGGCUGAUCGGCUUUUCUCGAGCAUAUCGCGAGCUUGGGACUCUGCAUCAGCCGACAAUCGCGGUGAUGUGAGAGAAUUGAUACCGGAGUUCUUUUACUCCUCAGCCUAUCUGAAUAAUCUGAAUCACCACGACUUUGGCCGCAAACAAGUUUCUGGUGAUUCAGUCGACGAUGUCGUCCUGCCUCCUUGGGCCUUGAAUGACCCUCUCCUAUUCACACACAAGCACCGUGAAGCUCUAGAAUCAGAUUAUGUCUCUCGUCAUCUUCCAUCCUGGAUCGACUUGACCUUUGGUUGUAAGCAAAGAGAUCCAUCGUCGUACAACUGCUAUCAUCCUCUCUCGUACCGUGGUGCAGUGGAUCUGGAGCACAUGGAAGACGAAAGUGAAUUAGCGGCAUCGACAGCGAUCAUCCACAACUUUGGUCAGACUCCACUCCAAAUCUUUAAAUCGCCUCAUCCUUCUAGAUUUUCCAGCGGUCGUUCGACCCUGCCUUACGGUCAAUUGUUUGGAGUGGCGGAACAAUGGCAGUUGCUGUUCAGGAGCAGGCUGCCAGUCAUUGAGACUGUGCUCCCCAUCGACGACAUCUAUAUUUCAAGUGGAUCAGAGUCAAAACCCUCAGCUUUACAGCGACAUCGAUUGGGCGUGCCUGGUUCGCCUCUCUUGUCCGUUCACUAUGGCUUCGCCGAUCAAAGUCUCCGUGUCCUGUACCAGGAAGUAGUCGGCUCAAUCGGGACAAGACUGGUGCAUGUUCUUGAAGGCGUUUCAGUGGUUCAUGCUGUCUUUGCUAGCCCUAGCCUCCUCGUCACUGUCUCCUGGGAUAGCGUCAUUACCGUUUGGAGGAUGAGCGUCAAGUCGUAUGGUAGCAAGAAGGGUGAUGUCUCUCUACAGCGGGAAGCAAUCCUUCGAGGACACACGUCAAAGGUCACCACACUCGCUGCUAGUCAGGCUUGGUCCUUCCUCGUCAGCUGUUCCGAGACUGGCAGUGCCAUGGUGUGGGAUAUGAACCGUUGCAAAUACACCCGGACGCUUCAGCUCCCAACCAAGGAACCCAUCAAAUUUUGUGAAAUCAAUGAGUCAGAUGGUCAAACUGCCAUCGCAACCGCUACACACCUGUUCCUCUUCUCAUUGAAUGGACAUCCUAUCGCCAGCACGCCGCUGGAGUCUGAGUUGGCUACAGAUUUCACUUUCGGCGAAAUGGAGAACCAUGAGCCAGAGCAAUUCACAGGAGGCAUUUCGUUCCUCAAGCGCGAAUUCUUGCCGUUCGGAGUCUUGUUCGUCAUUGGGGUUGGGAGAGAACUUGCAUUGUAUCGAUGUGUUCCCGGCGUCAGGUCCUAUGAAGAUGAAGAGGAUGUUCUACCCUGGCAACUGGUCGAGCAAGGACGACUUGCACGAUCGGACGAUCAUCCUGGUGGAAAUUGCUGCAUGGUCAAAUUUGCAGGGGAGACUCUGUAUGCCGCGUUUGAGCCCUCUGCGGACACGUCAAAAUAUACACUGUGGCAAUGGUCGUUGCCUGAAGGUGGAGCGAGGCAUGUCCCAGAAGCUGUGUCGCAUUUGUGCAUGGCAGAGCACUGUGGAAGGCACUUUGGCCUUUUGGAGCCGAAACGUUUCUGCGGAGGUUGUGGUGGAUCAUUCUGCGGUACACACGCCGUUCACGUCGAAAGCCUUGAACAGAGAUACUGUUCCGAUUGUCGAUCUCAGCUCGCCCAGUCUCAGAACCUACUGAAUCGACGUAGAGAUUCGGCCAUUGCGACUUCUCGUCGAGGCUCUUCUGCGGGCCUGGCGUCUGGCGCCAACUCCCGUCGUGCAUCGAUCAGUAUUCCCCAUGGUUCAGCCUCUCGACGCCCUUCCGUCUCUCACGUCUUGGCAAAAGCUGCCAUCGCUGCACAUGCUAUAUCCAACAGUAGUCCUCAUGGCUCUGGGCCUGGAAGUCCCGCGUUGGGAAGUACGAUCAAGUCGAUGUCAGUCAGUCCGGUAGCGGAACGAAGGUCUAGAGAAGCAUCACCUCGGCUGAACGUUCCUCCUUAUUAAUGAGGCGAGCGAGGUAUUUCGACCGAUUCAGUCCCACGUCGCUUCGCCAAACACCGAAUGCAUUUGUGUGGGAUAUAUGUGAUCCUUGCAAAUGUGCGGCGCCCCGGUGAUCUUACCCAGCUCUCAAGUAUCCUUUGGACCGCCUUCUGAGGAUGACAGAUGAGAUUGACGGUUCCACCACUGCCC